AGAACGCGCUAUUUCAUGUGCGCAAUCCACUAGGUGGAGUUUAGUCUACCGAUUGAAUUGCAUGGCUGGAAGUCUAUGGAACCUUCUCCGUGGGAAAAAUAUUUACAAGUGGACAUAACGUUGAAGGAAACAACCAAGACACGCUGAAUACCUAAUAUGAGAUCUAACUUCAUGCGGGAUAUUGCUUUAUUUUGCGACAGCUGUCAGUAACGCGGUUCGAAGGGCUCGGGCCAAUAUUAAUAUUUACAUAAUCGCGCUGAUUUAGGGCUCGCUCGUCUCUGAAUUGACUUCAAAUGGAAGACUGCGCGCACUGAUAUUUAAGUCAACUCGCAGAUCAACUUGCUUCACAGGCGAGAUAUAAAACAUGUACAGUAUUGUUGAUUAUUUUGGGUAAUUCAGAAAAACAAGUUAUACAACAGGGAAGUGUAGUUUGAGUUGCGCCCUGGUCCUAAAGCCGGUCGUGUAUUCGGCCGUUGCGCGGUAGCCAGCGCGCGCCCCAAUGCUUCAACUUUGGUCGUGUUCCAAAUCAUUGGAAAUAAAGAUGGAUAGUGUUUUGUUAGAGCAAGGCUAAUUAUUUUUUGCAGUAUAUAAUCCACAAUCACGCGCAUACAUAGUGACUUAAUUAGAUAACUUGUCGUUUUUUUUACGCUUCUGAAAGCAGUUUCUUCUUGGAGCGUGUAGUAAAGGCAACGCGAAGGAGGUCUGUAUCGAAGCACCCACAGCAUACUACAAACGGUUGAAGGGAUUUUAAGUGGAGUAAUGGUGGUAAACACGGUCCACUGGUUCAGGAAGGGCUUGCGGCUCCACGACAAUCCUUCACUCAGAGACUCUAUCCAGGGAGCGGACACUGUCCGCUGUGUGUACAUCCUCGACCCCUGGUUCGCCGGAUCCUCCAACGUCGGCAUCAGCAGGUGGAGGUUUUUACUGCAGUGUUUGGAAGACUUGGAUGCCAGCCUCCGCAAACUCAACUCACGACUCUUUGUUAUCCGUGGCCAACCUACCGAUGUCUUCCCCAGGCUCUUUAAGGAGUGGAACAUUACUCGUCUGUCCUACGAGUACGACUCAGAGCCAUUUGGAAAGGAGCGAGACGCGGCCAUCAAGAAGCUGGCCAGUGAGUCAGGUGUGGAGGUGAUAGUUCGCAUCUCUCACACACUCUACGAUCUGGACAAGAUCAUCGAGCUGAAUGGAGGCCAGUCUCCGCUCACGUACAAGCGCUUCCAGACCCUCAUCAGCAGGAUGGAGGCGGUGGAGACCCCGGCAGAGACCAUCACAGCAGAAGUCAUGGGGAUGUGCACCACGCCGGUCUCUGAAGACCACGAUGAGAAGUUUGGGGUUCCUUCUUUGGAAGAGCUUGGCUUUGACACAGAAGGUCUGUCCUCAGCUGUGUGGCCUGGAGGAGAAACAGAGGCCCUCACUCGUCUGGAGCGGCACCUGGAGAGGAAGGCUUGGGUUGCCAACUUUGAGCGUCCAAGAAUGAAUGCCAAUUCACUGUUGGCCAGUCCCACUGGCCUCAGUCCAUAUUUAAGAUUCGGCUGCCUCUCCUGUCGACUUUUCUACUUCAAACUCACAGAUCUCUACAGAAAGGUCAAAAAGAACAGCUCACCUCCUCUGUCCCUCUAUGGCCAAUUACUGUGGCGUGAAUUCUUCUACACGGCUGCCACCAACAACCCACGCUUUGACAAGAUGGAAGGCAAUCCUAUUUGCGUUCAGAUCCCAUGGGACAAAAACCCGGAGGCUUUGGCCAAGUGGGCUGAGGGCAGGACUGGUUUCCCCUGGAUCGAUGCCAUCAUGACCCAACUGAGACAAGAGGGCUGGAUCCACCAUCUGGCCCGACACGCAGUCGCUUGUUUCCUCACCCGCGGAGACCUGUGGAUCAGCUGGGAGGAGGGAAUGAAAGUUUUCGAGGAGCUGUUGCUGGACGCAGACUGGAGCGUGAAUGCAGGAAGCUGGAUGUGGCUGUCCUGUAGCUCCUUCUUCCAGCAAUUCUUCCACUGCUACUGUCCUGUGGGCUUCGGCCGCCGCACUGACCCCAACGGAGACUACAUACGGCGAUAUUUGCCAGUGUUAAGGGGUUUCCCAGCAAAGUAUAUCUACGAGCCCUGGAAUGCUCCUGAAAGCGUCCAGAAAGCAGCCAAAUGUAUAAUUGGUGUACACUACCCCAAACCCAUGGUGCAUCACGCGGAGGCAAGCCGCCUCAACAUAGAGCGUAUGAAACAGAUCUACCAGCAACUGUCCUGCUACCGUGGCCUGGGACUGCUGGCAAUGGUGCCAUCCAACCCUAAUGGCAAUAAUGACAAUUCCACAACAAUAAAUGGUUUCCAAACAGGAGAUGUGACCAAGGACAUCAGUGCACCUUCAGGCUAUUCUCAAGAUGAAUGGCAUGGCAGAACGUUGGUUUACUCACAAGGAGACCACCAAACAAGCAGCAUCAUGCCACCUCAAGGUUUUUCAGGCAACACUAGUAGCACAAUGUGCUACAGGCAAGAAUCACAGCAGAUAUCUGGUGCUGCUGUACAGCCAGGACGAGGGCUUCACAGCGGCACCUUCCAGACAUCUGGAAAACGACACAGCGAGGAGUCUGGACCUGCCACAGUCUCAAAAGUCCAGAGGCAGAGCAGCUCUUAAACAUCAGAAAUCGUCAAUAUAAAGUGGUCAGCAGGACUUCGCAGAUGCCCGUUUUGUUUUGGCACCUUUUUUGAGUUGUUACAUUUUGCAUUUCUACAGAGGAAACCAAAAUUGAAGCGAUUGAAGGGAGUGCAUGAUUCUCUCUAUAAGCACAUCAACACAUACCACUUUGAAAACAAUCAGACUGUACAUUAUCACAGGGACUUCACCCAAGCGGUCAGCAACAUCCUGACAACAUUGGAAUUACGUUGUGGCUCUGAGAUCUGCACAGCUGCAAUGUUGUGCCAACGUUGGGUUCAUGUUUGUACUGUUUGGGACUAAAUUUUUGUGUAUAUAAGAGAUUUGAAAAAUACCCACAUACAAAAUGUAAAUAUUUAAUAUUGUAUGUGCUUUCUCUAUUUCAUGUAGUUAUAGACCCAUUGGUAUAUUUUUGAUAUAAAGAAUUAUUGUUGAUCAAUUUUACUCUCUCCUUUAUGAAAACAUUUUAAAGCAUUUGUAGACUGUCCAUGCAGUAAACUACUAAGCCUCUCCUCAGGCUGCUUGCUUGCACUACGUUUUUCUUGAUUUCUCCUUUGCAUGCUUGUUCUGUCUCUACCACAAAUGUUCGUGAUCUCGCUCUUUUCAGACUGGCAACUGUCUUGUACACCUUCUCAGUCCCCGUUUACUCCUCCUCUCUAUCUGGGUGUCUCUCCAUUGCUGUAAACAGUGUUUCUCAUCCUCCCACAUUGUGCUUGUUUAAUAAAGUGUAACUGUAAA